AUGGCGAUACGACUUGCACUUCUACAGACUCUCAUGGAAGCUGUUCGGAGAAAACAGAGAAGUGUAACUAAAGCAUCUAAUAUGCCUGUACGAUGGCGUUCAAUUGUUACGGAUGUAUUUGAUGGGUCCAUUGAAAGCAGUGUUACCUGUCUAACGUGCAAAACGGUGUCUACUACAACGGAGACGUUCCAGGAUUUAUCUUUACCAAUCCCUUCAUCCGAACACCUUUCACGAAUUCGACACUGUGUGCCGGGUGAAUCAGAUGAGGAGUGCAGUAUAAGUAGUGAUUCGAGUGGGGGAUAUGGAUGGAUGCCUUGGUUCUCGUGGCUGCGGUCUUUCAGCAGCGUUUUUGUCACUCCGUCUGUAUCGCUAGAGGAUUGCCUUUCUGCCUUCUUUUCACCGGAUCGGCUGGUUGGCGAUGAUAUGUACUCCUGUGAUCGCUGUAAAAAAUUGAGGAAUGGUGUGAAAACAUGUCGCAUUAGUCGACUUCCGGAGGUCUUGUGCAUUCAUAUCAAAAGGUUUAGACACGACUCGUAUUGCAGUUCAAAGGUAUCUACACGAGUUUCAUUUCCUCUUGUUGAAUUAGACUUGUCAUCUUUUUCCUCGACUUCCGAAAAAGUUCCUCUUUACGAUUUGACCGGUUUCAUAACUCAUGAAGGAAGUGGAGCAGAUAGUGGUCAUUAUUUAGCUUAUUGCCGGAAUGAAGUGGACGGCAAUUGUACGCUAACGAAACUCGACUCAGCGCAUGUACUGACAAAAGAGGCAUAUGUGCUUUUGUAUCAGAAAAGACCAUCACCCUCUGUUGAAGCCGCCCGCAACAAAACGAUGGAGAUGAUUUCUGCGGAAGAAAUAGUGAAGACACCUUCAAAGAGUCAGCUUUAUAUCUCAUCUGAAUGGUUACUGAAACUGAGCACCUUUUCUGAUCCUGGACCAGUCACAAAUUACUCUUUCCUUUGUCGCCAUGGCCAUUUACUACCUCGACGCGUUGAUCACAUCUCUAGCCUCUGCACUCCUGUUCCAGCAGUGCUCGGUCACUACUUGCUCAACAAAUUUGGAGGUGGUCCAGCUGUGAGCGAGCUGCAUUAUUGUUUGGUUUGCGAUAAACAUUGGCGGUGGCUUCAAGAAAAGAGAGCAGUGGAACAGACGAGAUUCCGACAGCUGGAAGACGCGGUUAGUUUGGUGACUAGAGAACCUCCGGGACCUAUUGACAAUACCGUUUUGCUGUACAAGGCUGCUGAUGGAACUGAUCGAUUGAAACCACGUUCUAAUUUCAUGCGCAUUGAGCGAGAACUUUACUUGUUUUUACGAACAAUCUAUGGAGGUGGUCCUGAGCCUCAGUGGAGUGAAGCAGAACUUCGUGAUGUGCUGAAUUCCAUAGAGGAGAAACUGUGGGCAGCGAAUGCUAGGUUGAAAAAGCAGGUGACAAGCAAUCUGUAG